AUGUUCAACGCGGACCUGGAUAAACCCAUCGAGGACGGGCCGCGCGCGAUCGCGACGACGCUCGCGGCGAAGGCGGCGCUCGCGGACGUGCUGGCGCAGAACGACUUGUUUAGGGACACGUGCGAGGCGCCGGUGUUCGCGUGCGAUUUGAGCCAGUUGAACGUGAAGACGUCGAGCCGGGUGAGCGGACCGCUGCGACGGUCGUUGCCGACGCUGAGCGAGAUGUACGGGGCGGACCCGUACGCGGUGGAUUCGGUGCUGCAAAACGUUUCGACGCUCGAGGCAAUUUUUAAAGCCAACAACGCGAGAGUGAAGGUGGAUUUCAAGGGAGGGCCGGAGAUGAUUGGGUUGAUUAAUCAAGGGUUGGAGGAGUUGUAUAACGAUUUGCCCGCGGAUGCGCUCGCGGCGGGACGGGCGGUUUUCGAGGCGUGCGAUUUGGCGGUCGACGCCACGGCGGAGGGAGAUUUGGAGUGCCGCAUCGCUCGCGCGGUGUCGCAGAACAAGCGUCCGAGCGGUGGGCAGUCUUAG